UUUAUGUUCUACUACCCAGAGUAGAUUUUCGGAAUUCAGGAGACUUCUCAGUUCUGAAACGAACUAUCCUGCUUGUUAACUACUACAGGAGGAGUGUAGGAAAUCCGCUGGGACUACUACACUUUAGCUUCAGUGUUGCGAAGUGUCUUCUUAAAUGGUCUCAACAUUUCGACUAGCUUGCUCAUCGUCAGGAGGUUGUAGAAAUGUGAGAGAAGUGGGCCUAUUUACAUCAUUGUACAUUGGAGAAAUACUCAGCACAGGGAGAUCAUUGAAGAAGUCGUUACCAGACUUCUACCGUGUCAAGUUCAGUUACUUGGUGAAUGUACAACACAAGCAGUAAAUUGAACUUUUCAAAAAAUGGAAAUUAAUAUCACAAACAGCUUGGAUGAACAAGAUGACACCACACCUAUACCAAUCACUGUAUUGCGUACACUGAGCAUUCUUCUAGAGUCCUCUUUAGUAGUGGGCAGUAAUGUUAUCAAUUUGAUCAUCUUGCCACGCGUUAACUGUUUUGGGGAAGUGACUGUGUUUCUGCUAAGGUCCUUGGCAGUGACGGAUCUUAUGAUUGGAAUACUUGUAGGGUUUGCCGUAUCUCCAGCCAUCUUGGAUUACUGGCCAUAUGGAGAUGGUUUCUGUAAAUUCAUUGGAAGUUUGGGCACUUUUUUGUCUACUGCAUCCUCGCUGACAUUGAUGUGCAUUAGUUUGGAUCGAUACUUGGCCGUUACCAAACCAUUACGAUAUAUCAGUAUUGUAACUGUAUCUCGUGCUCGCUUUGCUGUGUUAACUGUAUGGAUAACUUGCAUCAUCUUCAUAGUGUUACUUGGGUUAGCAACAUGGCCACCAUUUCAGAUCAUCACUUAUGAUGCUGUAUUGUGUACCUGCAUCGUGUCAUUUUUUGAUGGGAAGGUUUUAACUCAAGCAUUAAGUGCAGCUGCUGUUUGUGUAUUGGUUCCAAGUAUUGUAAUUAGCGUUACCAAUGCAAGACUUUUGAUGAUAUCUAUAGGUCACGCGAAGCGUAUCCAUGCUCUGCCAGGGCGUCCCCGGGAACGUGGACAACACCAGGGUAUAUCAUUAUUAGAAAUUAAAGCAGUCAAAACAACAUUGACAAUCACAGGCAUCUAUUUCGUGGCUUGGACACCAUUUUUGAUAGCUCAACUCUAUCGUGCAUUUUCCUCAGCGCCUGCGGCAGAGUGGAUUCAGUUUGUAACUGGGUCACUAGUCAUAAGUAACAGCUGGUGGAAUGUCUUCAUUUACUGCUUCAUGAACAAAACUUUUAAGGAGAAAUUUAAUGAAGUGAUUCUUUGGAAAUGUAAAUGCACAAAGACAGAGGUUCAUUCCCAUAAAUCCAGUGCCACACUGACUGAUGAAGAUCCCAUUGAAACUAUCACCUAAGAGAUCAUUCAUAUAGGAGAUCAUACGACUCUCUUAAUAUUUAUGCAUGAUGUCAUAAUUCUUACCCAAAAUGAGGCUAUGGGCGCACG